CAGGGCUUAGUGGUCAGGGGCAGGGGCUCGGCGCCGAGGUCCUGGCCUUUGCCCCGUAACAGUUCUUACUGUGGGGGUGCAGGCCAGCUGCGAGUCUGGGGAGUGGCUGAGCUGUGGGCAGUGGCUGAGGAAAAGACCAAGACCUCCAAGCAACAGGCACUGCCUGCACCCAGGCUCUGACUUCAGCUGGCUCAGAAGUGGCCACAUGGACAGGGACUAAUUUUAACUCCAGCCACAGGAGCUUUGGCCACCACUGGGCAUAGGGAUUCGCCAGGGCUGCCAAGGAGCUGUUGGGUCAGCAGGAGGAAAAAUAGCUCGGUGUCCUUCCACACCGCUCCACGCCGCCCAGUGUGCAAGCUUGACCAGUCCUUUAUGGCCUGGCAGACAGCCUGCCUCUGGGGUCAAGGGCAAGGUCAAGGGGUGUAGACCGGAGGGCUGAGGGACAUGGCUUUUGUAGUCUGGUCAAGGGUUGCAUCAGCAGUGGCCUGGGGCUGGAAGGGCAAAGGCCGGCCUCAUUGCCCAAAGGUGGAGGAGCAGUCCUGAGCGUAUGAUAUAGCAAGUUCAGAGAACCAGGGCUUCCCAUGAGUGGCAAGUCCCAUGCGCAGCCAGUGACAUGCUGUUUGACUUUAGACAGGGAACCCAUGGUCCUCAGUCUCCCCAUCUGUGGGAUGACAACGCUGAGCUAGAAGGUUGAUCUGAACCUAGCUCCACGCUCCCAGGCCCUGCUUGGGACCCUUACUUGCCCCAUUUGCCUUAGAAGCACCCAGCUUCCUUCCCAGUCUUGGCUGUGGGUGGCCACAUGCAGCUGUGGGGAAGAAGGUCACUCGGGCUGGCACUCUCGGCCUCUUGGCUCCUCCUCAUCCUCCUGGGAGUGUGCCCCCUUCUUCGCUUGGCAGUGCCCCCCAAGCUUCUGCCAGGGCGCCCCCAAGGCUGGCCCCAUUGGCAAGAUGCUGCCUCCCUACCGAGUUUCUCUCGGCCAGGGGAAGUCCUGGAAGAUGCUGCUCAGCCUCCUCGAACCCCCCGAACCUCUUGGGGCAAUAACUGCACCUGGGGAGCCUGCUUUGACACCUCCAAGUGUAGGCGCAACGGUCUCAAGGUCUUCGUGCACCCCGCGGCUGGCCAGACCUCCAGGGCACAUCGCAGGAUCCUGGCUUCCCUGCAAGGUUCCCGGUACCAUACACCCAGCGCGGCGGAGGCUUGUCUCCUCCUCCUCCUUCCCAGUCCGGACCCUAGGGGAGCAUGCAGCCCCCCGCCUCUGCACCAGGACAGCGGCCGGAACAAUCUGGUCCUCAGUCUCCACCCAGCCUCCUGCCCCUGGCCAGGACAGGCGAUGGUGGCUGAGGCCAGCCCCUCAGCGGACACCUUCCGAUCUGGCUUCGAUGUGGCGCUCCCGCUUCUCCCGGAAGCCCACCCGUGGGUCGGUGGAGCUCCUGGCCAGCUGCGGCAGCACAGCCCCCAGCCAGGGGCCGCCCUGCUAGCUGUAGCAGAGGAGGGGGGCAGGUGGCGGACGGCAGGCACCCACACUUCUACUUGCGGCUGGGAUGGGCGCUGUGCGCAGGACCCAGGACUUCAGCAGACCCUUGCCGGGGAAACGCUGCCCAACGCCACGUUCUGCCUCAUCCCUGGCCGUGGUCCUGGUGCCUCGCGCUUCCUCCAAGCCCUGCAGGCUGGCUGUGUCCCUGUGCUCCUCAGUCCCCGCUGGGAGCUGCCCUUCUCUGAGGUCAUCGACUGGACCAAGGCAGCCAUCAUCACGGAUGAAAGGCUCCCACAGCAGGUCCUGGCGGCCAUCCGUGAAAUGUCCCCUGCACGGGUCCUCGCCCUGCGCCAGCAGACCCAGUUUCUGUGGGACGCCUACUUCUCCUCGGUGGAAAAGGUCAUCCUCACCACUCUGGAGAUCAUUCAGGACCGCCUCUGUGGGCCAUCUGCUCACCCUGCGCUGCUGUGGAACAGUCCUCCAGGGGCACUCCUGGCCCUACCCACGUUUUCCAUGAACCCCCAGGACUUCCCCUUCUACCACCUUCAACAGGGUUCCCGCCCUGAGGGCAGAUUCAGCGCCCUGAUUUGGGUGGGGACUCCUGGCCGGCCCCCGCUGAAGCUCAUCCAGGCAGUGGCAGGCUCCCAGCACUGUGCCCAGAUCGUGGUUCUCUGGAGCAGUGAGAGGCCACUCCAAGCCAGGUGGCCAGAGACAGCAGUGCCCUUGACAGUCAUUGAGGGGCCCAGGAAGGCCAGUGACCGCUUCUUCCCAUACAGUGCCAUCAGUACCAAUGCCAUCCUCAGCCUCGACGGCCACAGCAGUCUGUCCACAAGUGAGGUGGACUUUGCCUUUAUGGUGUGGCAGAGCUUUCCAGAGCGGAUGGUGGGCUUUCAGUCACACAACCACUUCUGGGAUGAGGCUCAAGGUGGCUGGGGUUACAGUGCGGAGGUGGCCAACGAGUUCUCCAUGGUCCUCACCUCAGCUGCCUUUUACCAUAGGUAUUACCACACGCUCUUCACUCACUACCUGCCCAAGGCUCUGAGGACCUUGGCAGAUGAGGCUCCCAUGUGUGUGGACGUCCUGAUGAACUUCCUAGUAGCUUCCGUCACCAAGCUGCCCCCUAUCAAGGUGCCCCAUGGCACGCAGCACCCGGAGGCCACUACUCUGGCUCCCGGAAAUUCUGCACCCGGGCCACAGCCGCAGCCCCCAGCCCUGGACUGCAUCAACCAGAUAGCGACCGAGUUCGGCAACAUGCCCCUGGUGUCCUCUCGCCUGCGUCUGGACCCCGUGCUGUUCAAGGACCCGGUGUCGGUGCAGCGUAAGAAAUACCGCAGCCUCGAGAAACCCUGAGACAGACGGAGAUGCCGGAGGCUGCACCUGCCUGCGGCACCCGAGAGAACCAAUCAAGACAGCCGCUGGCUAGGCGUCAUGCCCCGAUCGACCAAUCACGACCAGGACCUCUGAGGGGGCGUGGCCUCGCUCCCUUCCUGCGGGGCUAUGCUAGGCAGCGGCCAGUGCGCGGCGCUGUCCGCCAGGGCCGGUCCCCUUUCCUGGACCGCCUUGACUUCCCCGCUGAGCAAUGGGGUUCAUCCUCCUUGGUGCCCUCGCAAUCGCCGGGACUGGCACCGUGCACACCGCCUGGCCUGAGGGCCCUAGAGGGGAGAGUUGUGUCCUCUGUCCGCUGGCGUGGCGAAAUAGGGACAGUGUGCAAGAGAAAAAACUCUGUCCCCUCGCCGCGCCCUGGGGUUCCUAGUCUCCAAGGCUGCCCACAGGUGCUUGGGUUGUAAAGCUCAGUCCUCGCACCCUGGCAAAGAUUGGGCAGAGAAGCCAGGGGUCGGGAGAGGACUUAGGUGUUCCUAGCAGCUCGGGAGACCUUGGGCUCCGGCUUGGCCGAGCGCCCUGCGCUACCAAUCUUGGCCACGAGAGGUCAGCGUCGCACCGCAGUCCCUCCUCCAAGAUGAGUUUAGUCCUUCCUUGGGGGUGAGAGUUGAGACAGUCUCACUCUAGUUCAGGUUGACCUGGAGCUCACUGUGUAGCCCAAACUAGCUCUGAACUCGUGGCCACCUAUCUAUCUGUAUCUGCCUCAGCCAAAUUUUAGGAUUACAGUCGUGUGCCAUCAACCAAGCUCGGUUAAAAAUGAUGCUAGUGCACGCCUUUUAAUUCCAGCAGUUUGAGGCCACCCUGAGACUACAUAGUAAAGUCCAGGUCAGCCUGGGCCAAAGUGAAACCCUACCUU